AUGUUGAUUAAUCAAUACUUAAUUUAUCAUAAAUACUUUAACAUUUAGAAAUUACAUAUUUUAAUGACAUACUUAAAAUGGAUAGCAAUGUAUGCUUAAUUAUCUUAAAAUUGUACAUAAUAGUAAAUAUGUACAUAACUCAUUUUACUUACUGAACUUGAAUUAAUGAUUAAAGUUAUAAUUGGAAUUGCAUCUUCAAUAAAUUCUAUCAUAUAACCAAAUAUAUAUGGAUUUUAUUUAACUAUUCCAUACAUGAUAGUUAUUUUGAGUGUAGUUUUAUAUGAUUAUUGGAAAUUAAUUUAAGAAUAAUCUAAUAGUAACAUUCAACAGUAAUAAACUAAGUUUAUCAAUUUUAAAUAAUAGUCUAAUUAAUUUGAUAAACACUCAUCUUAAUUUUAAAUUUAAGAAAAUGUUUUAAAGUCUCCUGAAUUAGAAUGUCCUGAUUAAUAAAAUAGUCCAAUGGUUCUAGAUAUUUAAUGCAAUGAAGAAGAAGAUGUUCUUGCUCAUAUGUAUAAUAUUUUUGAAUUCUAAUCUUUAGGGCUUGGAUUCACAAUUAAUCUAUUUUAAUUUAUAAUUAGAAUUUUGAGAUUACCUACUAAAACUUUUAUUUAGGGAAACUAAAUAAUCGCUAAAGUAAAGGAGUCAACAAUGAUUAUGAAUAAAUCUUUUUAGAAUCUAUUAUAGAAAUUGGUAGUCGAGAAGUGAAUGACUUAUUUGGAAAUUCAGAAAUAGAUUUAGAUUAAGAUGAGUAUUAUAUAAUUAACUAAUAAUAGUUCCUUAAUUUUAGAUAGUACUGUACAUAGUAGAUAUAAGAUUAAAGGGGGAAUUCAAAAAAUUAGAUAAAUGGUAGCUGCUUUAUUUAAUAAUUAUUAAAAGUAUUUCAUUAUAUUAAUCAUAUAUUUUAGAUGGAAAUUCUUUACUUUUUACUCUCUUUAAAAUAAAAAAUAAUGAACUAAAUUUUAAAAAUAUCAAUAUCAAAGUAUUAGUGACUGAAGUUAAAUCAAAACUUUAUACACUUUUUAUGUUUGAGAUUAUGCAAAAAGUUUCAUCAAAAAGAGUAUUGGAUGAACCUCAAUAAUUUUAAAAUGUCUUCUAAACUUUCCUAUCUGAAUCUAAUAAUUAUAUUAAUGCCAUACAUUUAUUACUUCUUCUUUGUACUCAUGAACAUGAAAAGAAUGCUGGGAAAGUUUAAAAAGAAUAUUUAAAAUAAAUGAGAAUGAGCACAUAAAAGUUCAUGAUUUUUUUAGGAACAAUGAAGGAUUUAACUUUGUAACUUACAAACCAACUAAUUUUUAGAAAUUCAACUUUUAAAGUUGCAGAUCUUAUGGAUGAACUCUAAUUGAUUUAUGAUGAUUGCUUAAAAAUUAAAGAAAUCUCCAUUAUUCCUAUUGUAGAUAAUGAUAUUAUUGUUUUUAAUGAUUCUGAUCGUGUAAAUUAUCAAUUAUAUUUAGACUAAACAAAUUCUAAAAUGUCUUUUUGAAAUAGCAAUUAAAUAUACUGUAGCUUCUAAAAUUAGAAUAGAUAUUCAUUAAGUAUCACCAAAUAAUUAUUAAUUUUAAAUUAAAGAUAUUCCAUUUAAAGAAGAUAACUCAAAGUCUUAAUAUUAAGUAGUUCUUAAAAAUACUGCAUAGUUAAUGAAAACGAAUUGUAAAGAUUUUGAUAUGAGUAAUUUAUUGGAAUUACAAGUAUCUGCAAUUCUAGCCUAUUUACUUUCUGGUUCACUUCGAAAACCUUUAGAAUUAAAUUUUGAUAAUAACUUUUAAGGUACUUUUACCUUUACUGUUGAAUCUCUUCCAUUAAAUAGUAAACAUGGCUAUCAUGGUUAAUAAAUAAAACCAAAGCGUGCAUUUGAUACUUCAUUAUCUAUGUUAUUGGCAUAAGCCUAAGAUAGUUCUCAUUAUAAAAAUGAAGAAUCAAAAUAUUUAUCCUUUACUUAAAUUUCUAAAUAGUAUUCAUUAAAACCUGAUGUUCCUUUCGAUUUACAAAGUGCUCACUUUUCAUAAAUAUCAAAAAUUAAAUAAGAAUCUCCAUAAAUCAAACCCUUAAGUUCAUAAGCUCAAAGUAAUUCAGGUGGAACAAAUAAAAUAUAAGAUUCCUUUUUUCCAAAAAGUGUGAAUACAAAUAAUCCAUCUAAAGUUAUUAAGAGUGAUUCAGCAGUUAAUGAAUCUUCUAAACCUAUGACUAGUGCUUUAGAUUUUGGAGAAAGUACUAAUCCUAAUAUUGAUCCUCCAGAAUUAAGUCCAAAAUUUCUAUAAUCUGUGAUCAAGUUUAAAAUAACAAAUUAAUGUUGUUCAAAAGUCAUUAUUGCAGAUAAUGAUUAUUUGAAUGUAUCUGUUCUUUAAAUUCUACUUAACAAAUAUGAAGUUAAAUCAGAUAAAGCAUUUACACAGUAGUAAACUCUUUAGUAUAUCAAAAAUAAAUAACUUAAUCCUUGUAGAUGCAAAAAUAGUGCUUAUUUAUUAUAUUUUAUUGAUGCCUCUUUACCAGUAUGUAUUGAAUACAUAUAUAGCAAUCAGCCGUUGAGUUGAUUAAAUAAAUUAAAUAAUUAUUUAAGUCUUUACAAGUAGACAAAGGCUUUAUAAUUGCAAUGGCUAGUUAUAGUGACAUGGAUUUAAAAUUGAGUUGCUUUAACUCUGGAAUAGAUUAUUUUAUUUCAAAACCUUUCGAUUUGUUUGAAUUAACUGCUAUUCUUUAAUAUAUAUAGUUUUGA